AUGGCGACGCGCGGAGCCGAAGCAGCGCGCGGAGGAGGCAGUAGUAACAGCACUGUAGGGUCCGGACGGAGCCGGCGCCAUAGCCUGGGGCAGCGGGAGGAGGCGGCGGUGGCAGCGCGGGGCAGCCCUGAGUUUAUGAUUGGUACAACAGGUGAAGCUGGAAUUUGUGAGAUCGGAAUGAAUACCCAGGAUCAGUUGAUGAACAGCAAAUGCAUUGAAUCUGACACAACUUUGCAACAUCUGCAGUCCAAUUGUGAUGGCAUAGAAAGUACAGGUGCAUUGGAAGACGAAGAUUAUAUCACAAAAAAUAGAAAGCCAGUGGGUUCAACGUACUGUACUCAAGAAUCACGUGAGGAGACUCCUGGGAGAGAAGAAGCCCGUACUGAGCCACCUGAUGGCCAACAAGAUCCGGAGACUGAAAAAAACAAAGAGAAAACCUUAGGAAAAGAAGUACUGUUAUUGAUGCAAGCCUUGAACACACUUUCUACUCCAGAAGAAAAGUUGGCAGCUCUCUGCAAGAAAUAUGCUGAUCUUUUGGAGGAGAGCCGGAAUGUUCAAAAGCAGAUGAAGAUACUGCAGAAGAAACAAGCACAGGUUGUGAAAGAGAAAGUUCACUUGCAGAGUGAGCAUAGCAAGGCCAUUCUAGCACGCAGCAAACUGGAAUCUCUGUGCCGGGAGCUUCAGCGUCAUAACAAGACUUUAAAGGAAGAAAACAUGCAGCAAGCACGUGAAGAAGAGGAGAGACGUAAAGAAGCAACUGCACAUUUCCAGAUUACACUGAAUGAAAUUCAGGCCCAGCUGGAACAGCAUGAUGUACACAAUGCCAAGCUCCGCCAAGAAAAUAUUGAAUUGGGGGAGAAGCUGAAGAAACUAAUUGAACAGUAUGCUUUGCGGGAAGAGCAUAUUGACAAAGUGUUCAAGCAUAAAGAAUUACAGCAACAACUGGUGGAUGCCAAACUUCAGCAAACAACACAACUUAUAAAAGAAGCCGAGGAAAAACAUCAGAGAGAGAGGGAGUUUCUAUUAAAAGAAGCCACUGAAUCCAGACACAAAUGUGAGCAGAUGAAGCAGCAGGAAGCCCAACUAAAACAGCAGCUUUCUCUUUACAUGGAUAAGUUUGAAGAAUUCCAGACCACCAUGGCAAAGAGCAAUGAACUUUUUACAACUUUCAGACAAGAAAUGGAAAAGAUGACCAAGAAGAUAAAAAAACUGGAAAAAGAGACAAUAGUGUGGCGUACAAAAUGGGAAAACAACAACAAAGCUCUUCUGCAAAUGGCUGAAGAGAAAACCGUUAGAGACAAAGAAUACAAAGGCUUUCAAAUAAAACUGGAGCGUUUGGAGAAGCUGUGCAGGGCUCUUCAGACGGAGAGGAAUGAGCUGAAUGAGAAGGUGGAAGUUCUGAAGGAACAGGUUUCUGUAAAAGAAGCAGAUGUGGAUCUAGCAGUUGAGGUGUUGCAGUCCUGCACACUCAGUUCCCAUGAGGAGCUGGGAACUUCCACUGAUACAGAACCAGGAAUCCAAUCAGAUGCUGAAUCAAGUGCAGCAAAUGAAGGAAAUGGCUCUGAAAAGACUGUCUCCACGAGUCCUGUUCCUGUUGACUAA